CCGAUCUCUGUACACUUUCCCCACACUUGUUUCUCUACCUUUCAAAAUGCGUCAAAAGAGAGCCAAAACGUAUCGCAAGCUGAUGGCGUUAUAUAGUCUGCACUUUGGGUUCAGACAACCUUACCAAGUGCUUGUGGAUUCCGAGAUGUGCAAAGCAGCAAUAGCGCUGAAGGAAGUUGAUUUCUACAAGCUCAUGGCUGACUCGCUGCAAGGGACUGUCAAACCAAUGAUCACACAAUGCUGCAUCCAUGAGCUUUAUCUUCAAGGAAAGGAGCAACAACCUGCUGUCGAUCUCGCAAAGAGCUUCGAACGUCGAAAAUGCAAUCAUAAGGAGGCAAUCCCUGGGGAUGAUUGUGUCUCAAGUGUCAUCGGUGACAAGAACAAGCACCGAUAUGUCGUGGCCACACAAUCUCAGCCUCUUCGCGUCAAAUUACGUUCCAUUCCCGCUGUGCCAAUCCUCCACAUGAAUCGCUCCGUCAUGAUUCUAGAACCUCCAAGUGAUACCACUCUCCGUGCGAAAGCCCUGGCGGAACAAGAGGCUCUCAAUCCUUCCACGUCCGAAGCAGCCCGACUCAGAGUUUCAGAACCUCCGCAGGAGUCACCGAAAAAGAAGAAAAAGGGUCCAAAGGGUCCGAACCCACUCAGCGUCAAGAAAAAGAAAACAGAAGUACCACCAGCGAGAAAGGACGGCGGGGUUAAAGAUGGGGGAAGACAAUCUUCGGAGUCGCGGAAGAGCAGCACAGAGGACCGACCACGGGUAAAUGUGGGAGAGAAGAGGGACCGUGAGAAAGACGAAGUCCACGGACCGCAGAAGGGCGAUGGCGAAGAGCUGAAUGGUGUAGGACAUAAACGGAAAAGGCGACGGAAGGCUGGUACUCCACAGCCUGAGCCACCAGCUCCUCCAGAGUAAUGUCUUUCACUAUCUAUCUCGGCACGAUGCUCAAUUUGACUCUCCGGACAAUCGAUACAAUUCGGUAUUAGUGGACUCCGUGCUUCAUAGACGACCAGAUCCGACUCGAUUUCUCCGCAUUCGGCAACAGCUAUGGAAGCAACACCUCCCAGUUGCUAUGCAUACAGUGGACACAGUCGUACUCGAACCGUUAUCUGUGCUGGGCGGCAGGAGCAGUACGUCUUCAAGGAGUCAGCGGCUCGGCCACUUCCCGAACUCUCUACCUCCAUAACUCUUGUCACUACACAUCUGUUCGCCAUCUUACAUCUCGCGAUCAUCCUACUCGGUGUAUCGCAUGUCUGAGCACAUAAGACC